CAUUUCUAUGGACGCAAACGCCAUCUUCUCACGAAUCCACAAAAAUCCUGUCAAGAAUACGUUCUAAAGUGAUGUUAAUUCGUUAAUUUAUCGGUCGAAUAUCAAUUAAAGACUGAGCUUUCGUUGUUCUUCGAAGGAAUAGAUACAAAUUGUUUGGAAUUUAUGUGAUCAUCAGCAAAUUGAAAUGAGUUUUUUUGGAUUUGGUCAAUCUGCAGAGAUUGAAAUAUACCUUGAUGGACAAGAGACUAGGAAAACUGCCGAAGUUAAAACGGAUGAUUCCAAGAAGGAAAGACUAUUGUUAUAUUAUGAUGGGGAAACAGUCUCAGGAAAGGUGAAUAUCAGUUUGAAAAAGCCUGGGAGUAAGUUGGAACAUCAGGGUAUCAAAAUAGAAUUUAUAGGCCAAAUUGAGAUGUUUUAUGACAGAGGUAAUCAUCAUGAAUUCAUUUCUUUGGUGAAAGAAUUGGCGCGCCCCGGUGAAAUGAUUGCAAAUACCAGCUAUCCUUUUGAAUUCAGCUGUGUAGAGAAGCCUUUUGAAGUAUACACAGGAGCUAAUGUCAGACUGCGCUAUUUCCUAAAGGUGACCAUAAUUCGUAGGCUUGCAGACAUAGUUAAGGAAUUAGAUAUAGCUGUCCAUACUUUGUCGAGUUACACAGAGAUGAACAGCUCCAUUAAAAUGGAAGUGGGUAUAGAAGAUUGCUUGCACAUUGAAUUCGAGUACAACAAAUCGAAGUACCACCUGAAGGACGUCAUUGUGGGUAAAAUCUACUUCCUUUUAGUGCGGAUAAAGAUCAAACAUAUGGAAAUUGCCAUCAUCAAGAAAGAAACAACAGGGCAAGGUCCCAACACUUUCACAGAAAACGAGACAAUAGCCAAAUAUGAAAUAAUGGACGGGGCCCCAGUUAGAGGAGAAAGCAUUCCGAUCAGGGUUUUCUUGGCGGGAUACGAUCUAACCCCAACCAUGAGAGAUAUAAACAAGAAGUUCUCCGUUAAAUAUUUCCUAAAUCUUGUUCUUAUGGAUACCGAGGAUAGGAGAUAUUUCAAGCAACAAGAAAUCACCCUGUGGAGAAAAGGUGAUAAAAUACGUAAGAAUAAUGCUCAUAGUCCUUCUAUUAUGGCCGGUACGCAGAAUUUGCAGAACAUGGCGCAGGCUCACCAGAAAUCCUUGGAAAAUAAGGGAAAUAACGAUAUCAUCAACGAUGGGGAUGAAUCACCUGAAAGCGGUGUACCUGGUGUCAAGGAAGACUUUUUGAGGGCGCCAAAUUCAGAUUCGAAUGACAAAAGUAGAGACCCGUUUGACGGUAAGACAUCUUCACCGGAAGAAGCGGAGUAUAGGAAAAUCGAGAACAUGACCAGAGAAGCAGGAGACGGACAAAACGAUAACGGCAACGAUGCUGCUGAGUGAUAGGAAAAGCAAUGCUCGAAUAGGAAAUAUCAAGAAAGUGCUAUUGGAAAAAAUUAUAUAGAAGUGUUUGUAUAUAAUGUAUUUGUUAUAUCGACAGUUUGAAACUGUAUGUCAUGUAUAUUAUGAAAUUUAUUGAUUUACACUUUAUUAUUGUAUAUUUCUCAUAUAGUAAACGUUACUGAGUACAUAGAACAUUUUA